CCCCUGGGGGUGGGACAGGAAGUAGAUAUCAUGUGAAUCACCCCAAGGAUAGGCUGUGGGUAGGAAGGCCUGCCUCAGGGAGCUGGCGUCAAUUCUUCAAGAGCUCCAGGUUGGGCAGUGGACGCCUAGCAAGAACUUCUCUGCUGUCUACUCCAGCUUCUGCGACCCAGAAGCUCCGUCAGCAGCUCCAUGGCCACCAGCCUGCUGCCCCUGGCAUUCCUCCUCCUCCUGCUGCCCCUGCCCGUCCCAGCUCCCUGCCAUACAGCCACACGUUCUGAAUGCAAACGUGUCCGUAAAUUUGUACCGGGUGCAUGGUUGGCCGGGGAAGGGGUGGAUGUGACCACCCUCCAGCGCUCAGGCUUCUUCCCCGUGGACACACACAGUUUCCUGAGGCCUGAUGGCACCUGCACCCUCUGCCAAAACCCACUGCAGAACAGUGCCCUGCAGCACCUGCCCCUGGCACUCACCUCCUGGCGUGCCCAGGGCUCCAGCUGCCAGCGCCACGUGGCCAGAACCCAAGUCAGCUCCGUAGAGGAGGUGGCCCAAGAUGCGGCCAAGAAAAUCAACAAUGAUUGGAAAGCCGGGCUGGACGUGAAUCCCCAUCCUGGCAGAAAUGUCCACGUGUCUGUGGCUGGCUCACACUCCCAGGAGGCCAACUUCGCAGCUGAUAUGUUACAUAAGGACCAGUACACCUUCAACAUGGACUCAGUGGAGUGUUCCCUAUACAGUUUUCACCUGGCACACAAACCCCCUCUGCACCGGGACUUCAGGAGAGCGCUCAGAGACCUGCCCCCCUACUUCAACACUUCUACGGAGCUUGAUUACCAGAGGCUCAUUUCCAACUAUGGUACCCACUUCAUCCGGGCCGUGGAGCUUGGUGGCCGCAUCUCAGCCCUCACUGCCCUGCGCACCUGUGAGCUAUCCCUGAAUGGGCUCACAGAUGACGAGGUGGCAGACUGCCUGACCGUGGAGGCCCAGGCCAGCAUCGAUGAGAAGGCCAGCUCCUCCUCUGAAUACAAGGCCUGCCAGGAAAAGCGGAAGAAGCACAAGAUGACCACCUCUUUCCACCAGUUCUUCCGUGAUCGCAAAACACAGGUGGUAGGCGGCCACCACACCUCCAUGUCUGACCUCCUGUUUGGGAGUCAGGCCGGGCCCGAGCAGUUCUCAGCCUGGGUGGCCUCGCUGCCUGCCAGUCCCAACCUAUUGGAUUACAGCCUAGAACCCCUGCACCUGCUCCUGGACAGCCAGGACCCACGACGGGAGGCGCUACAGCAGGCAGUGAGUAAGUACCUGAAAAGCAAGGCACGCUGGAGGGACUGCAACCGGCCCUGCCCCCCGGGGCAGCAGAAGAACCCCCGAGAUCCAUGCCAGUGUCAGUGCCCCAGCUCAGAGGCCACCAACCAGGACUGCUGUCCACGGAAGCGAGGCCUGGCCCGGCUGGAGGUCAUGAACUUCCAGGCCUCAGGUCUGUGGGGGGAUUGGAUGACAGACACGGAUGCAUACGUGAAGGCCUUCUUUGGUGGUCAGGAGCUGAGGACAGACACCGUGUGGAACAACAACAAUCCCAGGUGGAGGAUGCGGCUGGACUUUGGGGACGUAGUCCUGGUCACACAGGGGCCCCUGAGGGUGCAGGUCUGGGAUGCGGACCAUAUCUCAAGUGAUGACCUCCUUGGCACCUGUGACCGAUCUCCACAGUCGGGAACCCAUGAGGUGUCCUGCAAACUGAACCACGGCCAUCUGAAGUUCACCUAUCGGGCCACCUGCCUGCCCCACCUGAGAGGGCCUACCUGCCUGGAUUACAAACCCCAAGGACUCCUGCAGGAGGUCCCUGGAAACCGUAGUGGGGCUGUGUGGUAACAGCAGCGAGCAGCUCUCUUGAUGGGAACCCUGGCCACCCUGCUUAUUCCCAUUAAACAGAUGGAGCACAGAGGCUCCACCUUUUUCCCCCCAAGGUGACUGAAUUCAUAGGCCAACACUGAAUCCCCUGUCUGAACCACCUU